CCUUCUGCGGCUCUGGUUUCGGUCUUUACUCCUGCGCGUUACCGGAAAGGGGCAGAGUUUCUUCGGUCUGUGGGAGGAUGGCGCGCGGGUGGAGCCGGGGUUCUAGAGACUGGGCCCUGAAUGCAAAUGCUGGCACCUGGGGGUCGGGAACUCGCGGCCUAGCCCUGACCUGGAGCGCGUUUGUCACCUUUGUUGACCUCGCCGGCGGAGAAUCUGGGGGUCACUGCUCCCGCUCCAGAGAUUUCUCGCCGCCCACUGCUCCUGCAUGGAAUCUGGAAACAGUUCUCCAGGAAGACAUACAUUAAUUUAGAACUGGAGGAUUCCUUUGCAUCCAAUUUUAAAAUGAAAGGACAACCUUCAGAUGGUGAACAUAAGACAGUGGCAUUACAGCUGGAGCGGCUUGUUGAAAUUAAGACCGAACCUGACAAUGCUCAAGAAUAUUGUCAAGCCCAACAACCCAAAACUCAAGAGAAUGAACUGAAAAUAAAUACUACAUUUUCAGACAGUGCAUCACAGUUGACUGCAGGCGUUCAGCUUUCCCUGUCAUCAUCUGGCAUAAAUAAAAUGCUUCCUUCAGUUUCAACCACAACUGUUCAGGUUUCCUGUUGUGGUUGUAAAAAAAUCCUCCAGAAGGGGCAAACUGCUUAUCAGAGGAAAGGGUCUACUCAACUUUUCUGCUCUACCCCAUGCAUCAUAGAACAUAUUUCAUCUACCAGUUCACCAGCUCCUGCCAAAAGAACUUGCUCAAACUGCACAAAGGACAUUUUAAAUCAGAAGGAUGUGAUCAGUGUUCAACUGGAAGAUAAUACUACUAGCAAACAUUUUUGCAGCCAGUCUUGUCUUUCAUCAUACGAAGAAAAAAGGAAACCAUUUGUUACUAUGUGUACUAAUAGCAUUUUGACCAAGUGUAAUAUGUGUCAGAAGACGGCAAUUAUUCAGUAUGAAGUAAAAUACCAGAAAGUGAAACAUAGCCUUUGCAGUAAUGACUGCUUUUCAAAGUUUCACUCUGCUAACAAUUUUAUCAUGAACUGUUGUGAGAACUGUGGCGCUUACUGUUACACCAGCUCUAGUCUGUUCCACAUACUCCAGAUGGAAGGACAGUCUCAUUAUUUUAAUAGUUCAAAGAAUAUUACAGCAUAUAAGCAGAAACCAGCCAAAAUACUUACAUCUUUUCCUUGCAAAUCGUUGAAGCCAUCAGAUGAAAUGAUUGAGAUUACUAAUGACUUGGGGAAGACAGAGAUUUUCUGUUCUGUUAAUUGUUUUUCUGCAUAUAAUAAAGCUAAGAUGGAAUCUUCUACAGCAAAUGUUUCCAUGGUGCAUGAUGCUUCAAUGGAGCACCUUUCUCCAAAGAAGGAUUCAAUUCCAAUUAUUAGCAAUAUAGUGUCAUUAGCAGAUAAUCCUGUUGCCUUGCCCAUCAUGGACACUGAUGUCUUACAAGGUACAGUUUCUUCAGUUACAACAAAUGUCACUUCAGAUAGCUCUAAGAGUUCACCCAAUGAAUCAAGUAAUGGUAUUGCUAAUAGUGUGGAACAGCCAAGUCUUUUGCCAUCUUCUUCAGUACUCAGCCAGCACACAUUUGGUGCCAGUUUAGAAGUACAAAAAGAUAAAGUGUCAAACCAGGAUCCUGCAUGCAAUAUGAAAUCUGUGAAAAUAAGUGAUGGACUGCGUCACCCCAAAUUUACAGCCAAAGUACAAAAAGUUAAAGGUAAAUCACAAAGUACUAGGAAACCUUGGCGUUCACCUUUUCAGCAUGUGGAAAACAGUAUUAAAAAAGAUAUGACAUUCUGUUAUUCCUGUCAGUUGUUCUGCCAGAAAAACUUUAGCUAUAGAGGAGAGUCGUUUGCAACCCAAGGAACUUCUAAUUGGAAAAAAACUCUGGAGAAAUUCAGAAAGCAUGAAAAAAGUGAAAUGCAUUUGAAUUCAUUGCAGUUUUGGAGGAAAUACCAGUUUUGUGAUGAAGCUGUUAGCGAUAAUUUAUCUAUUAAUUCAAAUCAGAUUGAGGGAAAUAAAAAGUACCUAAAACUUGUAAUAGAAAAUAUUUUAUUCCUUGGAAAGCAGUGUUUACCCUUAGGAGCAAAUGACCAGUCUGUUUCAUCUGUCAAUAAAGGCAAUUUUUUAGAAUUGUUAGAAAUCAGAGCAAAAGAUAAAGGAGAAGAAAUGUUUCGACUGAUGAGUUCACAAGUUGACUUCUAUAAUAGUACACAAAUUCAAACUGAUAUUAUUGAAAUAAUAAAGACUGAAAUGUUACAGGAUAUUGUGAAUGAGAUCAAUGUCUCCUCAGCUUUUUCAAUAAUAUGUGAUGAAACAACUGAUAGUGUUACAAAAGAGCAGCUUUCAAUUUGUGUAAGAUACCCACAAAAAACAUCAAAGGCUAUCUUAAUUAAAGAAAGAUUCUUGGGUUUUGUUGAUAUUGAAAAAAUGACUGGGACCCAUUUACAUAGGACUAUCAAAACUUAUCUGCAGCAAAUUGGAGUUGAUUUUAAUAAAAUAUGUGGCCAGGCCUAUGACAGUACCACUAAUUUGAGGGUAAAAUUUAAUAAAAUUGCAGCAGAAUUCAGGAAGGAAGAACCAAGAGCUUUAUAUAUACAUUGUUAUGCACAUUUUUUGGAUUUAGCAGUAAUUAGGUUUUGUAAAGAAGUUAAAGAACUCCGAGGUGCUCUAAAUACUCUCAGUACUUUGUUCAACACUAUUCAUAUGUCUGGGGAAAUGUUGGCAAAUUUUCAAGAUGUUUUUAAGCUAAGUCAAAACAAGACUUGCAAAAAACAUGUAUCACAGUCAUGCUGGACAGUCCACGAUCGUACAUUGUUAUCUGUGAUCGAAAGUCUUCCAGAGAUUAUUGAAACAUUAGAGUUUGUAUCAAGCCAUUCCUCAAAUACAAGUUUGGCUGAUGAAUUGAGUGAUUUAUUGACACUGGUUUCCAAAUUUGAAUUUAUCUUUUGUUUGAAAUUUCUUUAUCGAGUGUUAAGUGUUACAGGAAUUCUUUCCAAAGAGCUUCAAAGUGAAACCAUAGACAUCUUCUCUUUGUCUUCAAAAAUAGAAGCAAUUUUGGAAUGCUUAUCAUCUGAAAGAAAUGAUGUAUAUUUCAAAACUAUCUGGGAUGGAGCAGAGGAAAUAUGUAAGAAAAUAACCAGUAAGGGUUUUGAAGUUGAAAAACCUUCUCUUCAGAGAAGAAGAAAAAUUCAGAAAACCAUAGAUUUUGGCAAUUCAGAUAGUAUGUUUCCUACUUCAACAGAAGAACAAUAUAAGAUUAGUAUUUAUUACCAAGGCCUGGAUACUGUAUUAGAAAAUUUAAAGUUGUGCUUUUCAGAGUUCGAUUAUUGCAAAAUGAAGCAAAUUUCAGAACUAUUAUUUAAGUGGAAUGAACCAUUAAACGAAGCAACAGCCAAACAUAUUCAAGAAUUUUAUCAGCUUGAUGCAGACAUUAUCCCUGAACUUAGAUUUUAUCGGCACUAUGCGAAGCUCAACUUUGUCAUAGAUUAUGAUUCCGUUACCUUCGUCAAUCUUGGCUAUUUGUUUAUUCAGCAUGGUCUUCACAAUAGUAUUCCUUGCAUCUCAAAGCUGUUAUGUAUUGCUUUGUCUUGGCCAAUUACUUCACCAACUGCUGAAAACUCAUUUUCUACACUGCCUCGUCUUAAAACAUAUUUAUUUCAUAAUAUGGGAGAAGAGAAGCUUAGUGGCCUGGCCCUAAUGGCUAUUGAGCAGGAAUUAGUAAAUAAAUUGAUGGAACCUGAUAGACUCAAUGGGAUUGUAGAAAAGUUUAUCAGUCAAGUGAAAACUUUAUAAUACUUGCUAAAUCAAACUGAUUUUUAAAGAAUGUUUUGGGUUUUUUUGUUUGUUUGUUUGGUGGUACUGGGGCUCCAACCCAGGGCUUCACACAGUAGGCAAGUUUUCUACCACUGAGCUAUACCCGUAUCCCUUUCUCUUUCUUUGAGAUGAGGUCUCACUGUAUUGCUCAGGCUGGUCUCAAACUUGUGAGCUAAAGUGAUCCUCCUGCCUCAGUCUCUUGAGUAGCUGGGAUUGCAGGCACAUACUGUCAUGCCUGGCUUGGAAUUCUAGUUUUUAUUUCAAAAUUGGGUUUCUUAAGGAAAAAAACAACUCAACAGAACAUUUAGCAUAUUCACAUUCAAAAAAUUUUUUUUGUUGUUUUUUGGGUGCUAGGGAUCAAACCCAGGGCCUUGUGCUUAUAAGGCAAGCACUCUACCCACUGAGCUAUCUCCCCAGCCCCCACAUUCAAAAACUUA